AGUGCAAUUCAUACGCGGCCCUGCCCCUGCGUGCCUAGCACAUGCGCAGCCCCACCUCGGGCAUGUGGCAUAUGCACAGCCCUGCCCCCGGGCACCCUGCGCAGCUGCUGCCCCCACCCAGUCCAGCAGCCCUGCGUGGCGCCCUCUACAAUGAGGCACCCCGGGUGGUAGCCCGGUUAGCCUGUACCGUGGGCCGGCUCUGCACAAAGGCAUCACCAGCGCAUUUUUAAUUUGCCAAAGGCACAUUCCACUGUCAUCCGGCACCUACUCAGCCUUUUGUGGAACUGCUCCUUGUUGCUGUCGAGGUUUUCCAUGUAAGGUUUCAAGAGCAACAGCUGUAGGGGGUAUACCAGGUCUCCCAGGAUCACUAUGUACAUUUCAACAUUCCCCACUGUAAUCUCGUGAUUUAGAAAGCCCUUUCUUGAAGCUUUCCGUACAGUUGAAUCUUGCUGAAGAUGCAUAUGUCAAAAAAUGAGGAGUACAGGAUCUGCCGUAAAAGCUCCCUGCUGUCAGCAGAGCCGCGGCUACACUUUACUUUUACUUUCGAAAGGGCAUGUGGUCAUCACAGAUCCUGAACGUGAGUAUGCAAAUGAAGCCUGGGAUAUUUAAAUCCCGGGCUCAUUUGCACUUUUAAAGUGCUUGAUUUGCAUCCCUCUGUCAGCAGAGGGAUGCAGACUAGAGGUAGCCAAACUAAAUAGGUGGCUGACUUUUUUUUUAGUUCAGUUUGUGAGUUUGGGCUUUGUUGACUUGAGACAUUUUAUGUAAAAAGCUACUUAUUCUGAUGCCUGUUGUGUUAUAAGAUUGAUGUUUACAAUAAUAACAACAACAAUAAUACUGUGUACAUUUAUUAAGCCAUCUAGUUUUCCUAUACAGGACAUGCACCAACCCAGGCUAACUUCCUGAGAGGGACUCUAUGAGAUAGUGUGCCGAUAUGGAUGAUAUGUAUACACAUAUAACAUGAGUGUAGCUCAUGAGUCAGGUACAAGUUGAUUCUUAUGGCUGUGGAUCCAAAUUUUUGUAUUUGCUCAGGGCUCUACUGGACACUACAAAGACAGAUGAUUUCGGGGAAAGUGGGGACUGGACUCCAACUUCGAUUAAUGGAGCAUAAGCACCGAAGAGCUUCUGAGAAAUCUGUGGGUGGCAGAAAAGAGAAAAUGGACCCAGAAAGAUUGUGAUCUGAGCUUUGUGGGAGUCAUUUACACCUGUGGGAAAUAAAAAUAAAACACUCCUGUCCCUGUGACAUCUGUGACAUGGCCUAUAGAUCAAAAUGCUAGAUCUUAAUCAGAAUGAGGUUAUUUUUUUGCGUUCUGCAGCUGUGAAGAUAAAGAAAAAAGAAGACAUAAUUUUUUAUCAUGAAGACAAUUAUCAAAUUUAUGAAGUGGCAUUGAAAUAAAAACCUCAGGCGUGACGGUCCUCCCACAAUGGAUGUUUCAACUGGGACAGAACUUCCUCUUAAUGAUUCGGACGAUUAUUAUCCUGAGGAGGGGGGUUCCAUCUGCAGCCCAGAGAGAAUCAAGGGAUUUGAAUCAGUGUUUUUUCCAGUCCUUUACUGUGUGGUGUUUGUGUUUGGCUUUGUAGGAAACAGUUUGGUCAUUUGUGUUCUGAUAGUUUGUAAGAAACUAUCCAGAAUGACUGAUGUGUAUUUGCUGAACCUUGCCAUCUCUGAUCUGCUCUUUGUUUUCUCACUCCCCUUCCUGGCUCACUAUGCUUCAGACCAAUGGACUUUUGGAAAUGAAAUGUGUAAAAUAAUAUGUGGAGUUUACUACAUUGGCUUUUACAGCAGCAUAUUCUUCAUAACCCUCGUGAGUAUAGACAGGUACUUAGCCAUCGUCCAUGCUGUGUAUGCUCUGAAAGUUCGAACGUCUAGACUCAGCAUUGUUCUAAGCCUCAUGGUUUGGUCCAUGACUAUUUUAGCUUCAGUACCUAAUCUUAUAUUUAUCCAAGAAUUUGAUGAAGAUGGCAUUAUGAAGUGUGCUCCAUACUACCCGAAUAAUAGGACCACCUGGAAACUUCUAACCAAUUUUGAAGUCAAUAUCUUAGGUCUUGUGAUCCCACUUGCCAUUCUCAUUUUCUGCUACUCCCACAUCUUGAAAAACCUGCAGAGAUGCAUGAACCGAAACAAGUAUAAAGCAAUGAAGCUGGUUUUCACUGUUGUAAUUGUGUUUUUUCUCUUCUGGACUCCCUUCAAUGUUGUGCUUUUUCUGGACUCUUUGCGAAGCCUGAACAUCAUAGAUGACUGCAAGACAAGCAGAGACCUAGACCUGGCCUUGCAGGUGACUGAAACCAUCUCCUUCGUCCACUGCUGCCUGAACCCACUGAUCUAUGCUUUUGUGGGUGAGAAGUUCAAGAAAUAUGUUCAGGAAAUACUCAGAAAAUUUUUAUUGAUUUGCAAAGACCACAGUGUCUUUCAGAGCCACUAUAGUACCUCUUUCAUGCACACCCCGUCAUCACAUACUUCUAUUACUGACCCUAUAAUGUAAAAUAGAAUGGGAUAAAUCCAGACAUUCAGGGAUACAGAUAGUGUGAUAUAAGUAUCAGUGACUUUGAAAGAAAACACCUCAGGCAGCUCAUUAAGUACAUUACUUCAGAAUAGUUGGGAGGACUUAGCUUUCAAUAAAGUUUUCGGCUAUUAAUGAGUCUGGUAUAAAAGCUUGGACAAUGCAAUAAUAAUCAGGGUUCUUAUAUGUAUUAAUUGUAUUUAUGCAUCUAAUAAUUUCCUUAUAAGGAGAACCAUGCUGUUAUCAAUAGUAUUAUUUUUAUUACUACACUUCCUCUCAAAAAAGAUAUUGUGGUUUUGCUCAGGGAUCUAUGGGCAUGUGUAAGACAUGUAACUAAACUGAAUUAAUGAAUUAGCUUUUAUAAUACAGCAUAAUUCCUAAUUCCCUUUAUUUAAAAAUCCUAAUUACUCAAAUCUAGAGCAUGUUCAUCCAGUAGCCUUAUGUUCAUCACACACAUACACACACAGCUUCUCAGUUAGCCUCUUUGUACCUGUGAGCAUAAAUCAACAGCUUUGUAUUUGUAUAGCAGUUCUCAAGGAAGUUGUUUUUACUCUUUUUAAUAAAAUACACAGUAAUAAGCUAACAUCAGCCUGCCUCCCUUCAUUCCUUGGAUUUCCAUAUCAGUAAAACUGCGCCUCAAAAUAGCACUUUCAUUUAUCUGAACUCCUAUUUAGUCUAAAGUUUCAGAUGUUCCCCAAACAUCCAUGCAAUGUGCAGCAGCAGUAAAAAAAAGC